AAUAAUGCUUAAUAAUUUAAAAUUUAAAUCUUAAUUCUUAUAAAAUUUUAUUUUAUCAUAAAUUCAUGUUUUGAAAAGCAUCAUGUGGGUACUAUUGUGACUGCUAUGUGAUUAUGUGACAUACGCAACAUGUGAAAUUUUACUGAAAAGCAACAUGUUUAAGUCAUUGUAAUUAAUACGUCAUUUGUAUUUUUUUAAAUCCAUUUUGAAGUCGAACUUAUCUUCAAGGAAAGAGGUAUUUCAAUACUCAAGAGAAAGUCUUUGCAGAACUCCAUCCGGCACCGGAGAAAAUGGCAUCUGAAACCUCAGUGGAUUAUGACAGAACUAAAGAGUUGAAGGAAUUUGAUGACACAAAAGCUGGUGUUAAAGGACUUGUAGAUGCUGGCAUAGUUAGCAUCCCCAGGAUGUUCAUACGACCAGCUGAGGAGCUUGCUGUUGAGGAACUGAAUUCCUGCCAGACAAACAUUAAAGUUCCGAUCAUAGAUCUAAGCAAAAUCCAAGACGAUAGCCGGCGUAAGGAGAUUGUAGAUGAAGUUAGGAUUGCAUCAGCAGAGUGGGGGUUUUUCCAAGUAAUUAAUCAUGGUAUCCCUUUAAGUGUGUUGGAUGAGAUGAUUGAUGGGGUACGUAUGUUCAAUGAGCAGGAUUUGGAGUUGAAGAAAGAAUUCUAUACCCGUGAGGUCACAAAGAAAGUGAGAUUCAACUCCAACUAUGACCUAUAUACAUCACUAACUGCUGAUUGGAGAGACACUCUGAACCUUUCUUUCCUUGACUCUGACCCUGACCCUGAAGAAAUGCCAGCAGUUUGCAGAAAAUCAACAUUAGAGUAUACUAAGUAUAUCAGAAGGUUAGGUGAAACUUUGUUUCAGUUGCUAUCAGAGGCUCUUGGUCUUCAAGAAGACUACCUCGGCUCAAUCGGAUGUGCUAAAGGGUGUAGCAUUGUGUGCCACUACUAUCCAGUUUGCCCCCAACCGGAACUGACUUUGGGAGUAAGGAAGCAUGCAGAUGCAGGUAUAUUGACUCUGCUUCUGCAGAACGAAAUCAGCGGCCUCCAGGUCCUUCAUGAGGGACAAUGGUUUGAUGUUCAGCCCACUCGAGGAGGCUUGGUCGUGAAUAUCGGAGAUCUUCUUCAGAUUAUAUCAAAUGACAAGCUGAAGAGUGUCAAGCAUAGAGUAACUGCCAAUCAUGUUGGACCUAGAAUUUCUGUGCCAUGCUUUUUCUCAGGACAUGCUAGUUUACUUGACAAGCCGUUCGGCCCAAUCAAAGAGUUGAUAUCAGAGGCAAAUCCUCCUCGAUACAAAGAAGUCCGGCUAAGGGAAUAUAUUGCCAGAUUUUUUUCUAGCUCACUUGAUCACAAGCCUCCUAUAGAUUACUACAGGCUAUAAAUAUAGAUUCCCAAGAGCUAUGAAGCUAACUAUCAAUGCCAUGAAAUGAUAUUUCCAAUGGCAUUCCGAUCCAGAAGAUGGUUAAGCAUUUCAGCUUUUGUACUUUGCCAGCUUCCAUUAGUUUGUGUUGGUCAUGUCUACAUUACUUUGUUCAGUGACACCCCUUUUAUUUGCCCAAUAAAAUGCCAAGAACUGAAGAAAACUUCCAUCCAUCCACCCACCUGGACUUUGGAAAGCUUCAGUUCUAAUUUACUCUUCAA